UGUGUCUGGAAAUUCGUACUCCAUCAUGCCAGCGGGAAAUCAUAGCAUUGUGACUGAAUUCGUCCUUACUGGAUUCCCUGGACUUCAUCCAGAGUAUCAAGGCAUUGCCUCUGCUGUAUUGUUCAUCGUUUAUUUCUUAACUUUGACAGGCAACUCUAUGAUUAUUUUUUUAUUUGCAACCGACCACAGCCUUCAUAAGCCUAUUUAUUAUAUAAUUCUUAAUCUAUGUGCAUGUGACAUUCUCUUUAGCACAACCACUUUACCUAAAAUCAUCAGUAAAUAUUGGUUUCAAUCAGGGACUAUUUCAUUCACUGCUUGCUUUGUCCAAAUGUACUUUGUUCACUAUCUUGGCUCAGUGAAUUCCUAUAUUCUCUUCCUAAUGGCUUUAGAUAGGUAUUUGGCUAUCUGUCAUCCUCUCAGAUAUCCACUUCUUCUUAAAAACUCCACAAUCUACAUUCUCAGUAUUUCUGCGUGGAUUGUUGCCCAGGCAGCUCCUUUAAUGUUAGUUAUUAGAGCGUACCCUCUUCCUUACUGUGCCUCAAACAUAAUCAACCACUGCUACUGUGAUCAUAUUGGUAUAACCAUGCUGGCAUGCACUGACAGGGCACCUUAUGGUUUUCCUGCUUUUGUGUUAGCGAUGGUUACACUGCUGGGACCUCUGGCGUUUAUAGUUUUCUCUUAUUGCUCUAUAAUUAUAUCAGUACUGAAGAUAGCAAAUGUACAAGGUCGACUCAAAUUGCUGUCCACUUGUAGUACUCAACUGAUUAUAAUCGCACUCUAUUAUUUACCCAGAUGUUUUGUAUAUUUAGCCAGCAAUGUUGGUAUUACAUUUAGUGCUGAUGCGCGAAUAGUAAUUAUUAUGCUGUAUAGCCUUUGCCCUCCCAUGAUCAAUCCACUUAUAUACUGCUUAAGAGCUAAAGACAUGAGAGAAAGCUUGUGGAAGCAAUUCAGCAGAAAACUCAUUCCACAAAAAGCACAAGUUUCAGCUAUUAGUAACUGAUAAACUAAUUCAUUAUUCAGUGUUUUUGCUUUCUUCUUAUUGGCCAUCUCGCUUUGUGAGGACUGGAAAGAAUAAAAGUAUUGAUUAUGGAUAAAUUGAAAGCCAAAGCUAUCACCAAAGUUAAACAUUUCAUUUUAAACCAUGUUUUAAUGUAAAGUACAUUCUUAGAGAGAGACAAAAAGACUUUCUUUGUCUGGGUUAUCAGCAUUUAUUGAAUGAAACAGCCCCUUAUGUUUGUUCUGUAAAACAAAUAAUGUCAUUAUUACAGCAAUGUAUAAUCUCUGAUGCAGGUACAGAGGAAAACAAAUGGGUUCGCAAACCUUUCUGUCGACCUGCCAAGUUGUUAUGAAAAUUGUGUCAUGUAUUUUACUGUCAGAGUACAAGGUGAGCUCAAAAUAGAUACACAGAAUGAAGGUAUAUUUCAAACCUAUGUCUUGUAUGUUUAUCACAAAAUAUAAUCAAUAAAAUAUAUAUAAAUGAUGAAUAAUGACAGUCUUUUAAAUAUCCUGGGACGUGAACUGAACUGUUUAUGAGAUUGUUAACUUCUGUCCUGCACUUUACCUCCGAUCUUUCAGUGUCUCACACAGGUUUCUGGUGUCACCAGGCCAAAAACAGCUUCCUGGAAGUGGGAGCAUAGUAGUAGUAAUACAAUGCUAAAUCCAAAUUAUCCUUGCUUGCUCAUUCUUAAAAGAGUUACAUUAUUUGUCGACCUCCAGCAAAGAAAUGUUGGUUUUCUUGCUGCUUUGAAUACAACUGACCUGCAUUAAAGUCGGCUGCUCAACUUUUUUUUCUUGUUUUUAAUUUUAGAUUUAACAGUGCUUGACAGCACGUAUUUUGUCAUUUGUCUGGUUCUGUUUAUGACGCUUUAAUGGCAAGUAACAUGCACUUCACAUUUGUUCUAACAUAAUACAUUUAGCUAAUAAAUUGCAUCUUCUGAAGUAAGUCAUUACUGGAGAGAUGCAGUAUUUUGUUUUACUCUUACUUGAAUAAUUACUUUAAUGAGUACCUUUACUUCUACCUGAGUCAAUA